CCGGAGACUUCCGGCAGCUGGGCGGCGGCAGGAAGGCGUGCGGGGAAUGGCGACCAAGAGGUUGGCGCGCUUGGACUCGUCAGGAGCAAGGCCCUGGGCGCGGCGCGCGGGAGCCCGGCGGGCGGCAGAGGCGGUGAGUGGGGGCCAGCCUGCGCUGUGCAGCCGCACCCCACUCUGGGGCUCACCGCAGGACACCUCCUCUUUUGCAGAGCAGCUGUUCGACUACUUAAUUGUGAUUGAUUUCGAGUCGACGUGCUGGAAUGACGGGAAACGCCACCGCACCCAGGAAAUCAUUGAAUUUCCAGCAGUAUUGCUGAGCACAUCAACCGGAGAGAUUGAAUCUGAGUUCCAUGCUUAUGUUCAGCCUCAGGAACAUCCAGUUCUUUCUGAAUUUUGCAUGGAGCUGACAGGCAUAAAGCAGGCUCAAGUGGAUGAAGGGGUCCCUCUGAAGAUUUGCUUAUCUCAGUUCUGUAAAUGGAUUCAGAAGAUUCAGCAACAGAAGAAAAUUACUUUUGCUACUGGGGUUUCAGAUCUAUCUACUUCAGAAGUAAAAUUGUGUGCAUUUGUUACUUGGUCAGGAGAAAACCAAAAGGACUGAGUGGUGCCUUGCAGGAGGUGGGAAUCGAAUUCUUGGGACGG